CCUUACUACGCGUGCUCCACACGUGUCUCCGAUAUGUUUGUGCAAACUGUGAUCUUCUCUUGUCUGUUGUUCUCGAUUUCUCUUGCUGACCCGUUGCCGUGUAAAUCGCCCCAGCAAUGGAAAGGCUCUCUAUCUGAAUACGAUCACGGAGAUGGUCAACACAACUAUUACAAUGUUACGUAUGAUGCAAUCAAACACCGUCGUAGGACAGUCGAAGAAGUGCGCGCUGACAGGCCGGGAAGAACGUAUUAUGAGUGGCUGUUUCUUUAUGAUGAGAAUGUUUUCUAUGAGUUGAACUUGGCAACUCGAGUGUGCAGGAAAAUUUCCUCACCAGGGUCGUGGCGUAGUUAUGAAAUUCCUCCUAAUGCUACGUUUGAGCACGACUUAGUGCUUGGAGUUGGGCCAACUGCAUUGAAAGUUGAGGAAUGGUCAGAUCGUAUGGUUGCUCCAUCACUACCUGAGACAUGGAGUGGAACGUUCACUGUUGAUGGUUGUGUUCCUGUCACCGAGGUUGUGAUUGUACGUGAAAUCAGCAAGUCAUUUAGUACCGUCUUCUACAACAUUGACACAAGCCCACUUGGGCCUGACGAUUUCACUCCACCUAAAGAGUGCAAGUCUGCAUAACAACGGACACCAGUGUGUUUGUUAUAUGAAAUGACAGACAUUGUAAUGAUGUGUGCAUGAUUGCUUGAUGACUUUGUGUGAUUACAUGGAAUGGUUGAGUGUUUCUCUUGUGGUUGACAAGCUGAUUGGCUUUAUAAUUGUCUUGCCACUUGGUGGGCUAGUUCUGCUGUGCUUUGUAGUCUCAGUUGUGAAUGGAAUGAACAUUAGCUGA